UUCCUCCCCUUCAGUCUUGCAUGGGUGUAUCGGCUCCUCCCCUCCAGACUUGCACAGGUGUACCUGCUCCUCCCCUCCAGACUUGCACAGAGGUGUGUACCGGCUCAGUCUCCCCUCCAGACUUGCAUGGGUGUACCGGCUCCUCCCCUCCAGACUUGCACAGGUGUACCGGCUCGUCCCCUUCAGUCUUGCACAGGUGUAUCGGCUCCUCCCCUCCAGACUUGCACAGGUGUACCUGCUCCUCCCCUCCAGACUUGCACAGAUGUACCGGCUCGUCCCCUUCAGUCUUGCACAGGUGUACCGGCUCCUCCCCUCCAGACUUGCACAGGUGUACCGGCUCGUCCCCUUCAGUCUUGCACAGGUGUACUGGCUCCUCCCCUCCAGACUUGCACAGGUGCACCUGCUCCUCCCCUCCAGACUUGCACAGAUGUACCGGCUCGUCCCCUCCAGACUUGCACAGGUGUACCAGCUCGUCCCCUUCAGUCUUGCACAGGUGUACCGGCUCCUCCCCUUCAGUCUUGCACAGGUGUACCAGCUCCUCCCCUUCAGUCUUGCACACUUGUAGCGGCUCCUCCCCCCAGUCUUGCACACUUGUAGCGGCUCCUCUCCCCCAGUCUUGCACAGGUGUACUGGCCUUUUCCCGUUCAGUC